GUACAUUUAAUAUAAAUGCAAACUCCCAGAAUGUGUUGCAUGUACGUAUUUUUCUUUCACUGAAGGCAAUCCUGAGGUAGUUGCAUAACGGCAGUGCAUUACUCAACCAUGGCUCUAGGGUCUCCUGUGUGUUUUGCCACACCUGUCAUGGACGACACGAGUUCCCAUGUUAUAUGUUAUAUAUGCUGCUGACGUCACACCAGUCGAAGUAUUAUUUAAACAACUUUCAUCGACCGCUGCACAAAGAGAAAGACAUCCAACCUCACUGCAAACUUAGACAGAAGACAGAGUAAAUAAAUGGCUCUCAGAGGUGCUGUCACGCGGCUGCUUUCCAACAGCCAGAAAUGUGCUGCUGUUUCUGUGUCCAGAGCCCAGGGAACAGCUGCCACAGCUCCACGGGAUGUCGAAGAAGCCAAAAAGCCGGCAAAAGCACCCAAGGUGCCAUUUAACUGGCGGGAUGCUCUGGAUCUGGAGGGUCAGCUGACAGAGGAGGAGAUCAUGAUCCGAGAUUCCUUCCGUGACUACUGCCAGGAGAAACUCAUGCCCCGCGUUCUCAUGGCCAACAGACAUGAACACUUCCACCGUGACAUUGUCUCAGAGAUGGGAGAGUUGGGUGUCUUAGGCCCAACUAUUAAAGGGUACGGCUGUGCUGGCACUAGUUACGUGGCAUAUGGCUUGAUUGCCAGAGAGGUUGAGAGAGUUGACAGUGGGUAUCGGUCCGUCAUGAGUGUUCAGUCUUCUCUGGUCAUGCAUCCUAUCAAUGCUUAUGGCACAGAGGCUCAGAAGGAGAAGUACCUGCCCCGGCUUGCUCGUGGUGAAAUCUUGGGUUGUUUUGGCUUAACGGAGCCAAACCAUGGCAGUGACCCCAGCAGUAUGGAGACCAAGGCCAAAUACAACCCAUCCAGUGGUACCUUCAGCGUUAGCGGAGCAAAAACUUGGAUCACCAAUUCCCCCGUGGCAGAUGUUGCAGUGGUGUGGGCGAAGUGCGAAGAUGGCAGGGUACGCGGUUUCAUCCUGGAGCGUGGAAUGAAAGGUUUUUCCACCCCCAAGAUUGAGGGAAAGUUCUCCUUGAGAGCAUCUGCUACUGGCAUGAUCCUGAUGGAUGAAGUGGAGGUUCCUCAGGAGAACCUCUUGCCCAACGUCUCUGGUCUAGCUGGUCCUUUUGGCUGUUUGAAUAAUGCCCGCUAUGGCAUUGCAUGGGGAGCUCUGGGAGCGGCUGAAUUCUGCUUUCACGCUGCCCGGCAGUACACUUUGGACAGAAUCCAGUUUGGGGUGCCACUUGCCAGGAACCAGCUGAUGCAGAAGAAAAUGGCUGACAUGCUGACAGAAAUCACCCUUGGGCUACAGUCAUGUCUGACUCUGGGAAGACUUAUAGAUGAGAAAAAGUCAGCACCAGAGAUGAUCUCCUUGCUAAAGAGAAAUAGCUGUGGUAAAGCUUUGGAUAUUGCCAGACAGGCGAGGGACAUGCUGGGAGGGAAUGGCAUUUCAGAUGAGUACCACAUUAUCCGCCAUGUCAUGAACCUGGAGGCUGUCAAUACAUACGAGGGAACUCAUGACAUCCAUGCUCUGAUCCUGGGCAGAGCCAUCACAGGACUACAGUCUUUCACAGUUGGGAAUUAAACACUCUCUCAACACCUCCUUGAUAUGGACUUGAUGUGGAUUUGUCAUCCACCCUAUGAGAAACAAUCAAAAAUACCUCACUACAUGUGUAGUGUGAACUGACGGGGCCUUCCAUUACUGACUCUGUUUGGUAGAGCAAUAAAUUCAUGUAUGAUAUUUGCACAGUUGCCUUUAUAUAUAACCCAGGUACCGAUGACUCAGAUGCCUUUUGAAAGGGUUUGUUUAUUUGGUGAUAAUUAUAUAUGUAAAUAAAGGGAUAUGUAUGAGUGAGAAGCUUUAAAUAAAUGUAAGUUUGAUUGUGUGUGAGAUUAAAUUGUUACCAUUUUA